AUGGGGAAGGGCUUUCAGAAUUUCAUGUCCAAAAAGGACUUCCAUCCGUCCGCAUGGUGGAACUUGAAAAGAGUAUGGGAAGCACGAGAGGUGAAAUCAAAGAAGGAUCAACGAGAAGAGGAAAUGCGAGUUGCCUAUCAGAAGGAACAAGAAGUCCUCAACAACAAAGCCCUGCUUGGAGACGAAAAAGCAAAAUUGGGUCUUUCCUUUAUGUAUGAAGCGCCGGCCGGAAUCAGUAAAAAAGAGGAACCCAAAGAAGAACCGAAGUUUGAAUGGCAACGCAAAUAUCAGGCACCUCGAGAGGAAUGGGCAAAAGGAAACGAGUUGAUUCAAGAUCAACCUUUCGGAAUUCAAGUUCGCAAUGUUCGAUGUGUGAAAUGUCACAAAUGGGGCCAUUUGAAUACCGACAGCGAAUGCCCAUUGUUCGGAAUGAGUGGAAACUACGAGGAUAGUGGAUAUGCUAACAACCCAUCGGAUCUAAUCAAGACGGCCAGAAAGGAGAAACUUGUAGCUGAAAGGAGUGCUCAACGAGAGAAAGAUCAGAACCAGCUAAAUGAGGAACAGCCUGACAGAGUGCAAUUGGCCGAAGACAUGCGCGAAGAGCACGGAUUCCGCCUAAAGGGAAAUGUGCUUGAUGCUUUGAGAAUGGAUGAUCAACUUGCAAGACUCGGAGCCUCAUCAUCGUCAAGCAAGCCAAAGACGGAAGCUGAGCAAAUGAAUGAAUUCAUCAAAGGGUUGUCGAAGAAGGAGAUGAAAAAGCUUAUGAGGAAAAUACGGGGCGAAGAAGAAGAAACAAAAUCGAAGAAGAAAGACAAAAAGGAUAAGAAGAAAAGCAGAAAAGAAAAGCGUGCUCGUGUUCGCUCGCCCUCCCACUCUCGGACGCCAAAACGUGAUCGACAGGAAGAUCGGAGCUCAUCUAGCAAACAUUCGAACGAUAGAAAUGAAAGAAGUCGACGCGAUCGA